UCAAACGUGGUUCAAUUAAAAAACAAAGCGCAAAAUUAGAGCAGCGUAUUUCCCCGGAAUCAAAAGUAAUUAUUGGGGGUACGAAACCCCUAGACGAUUGUUUGAUGCGUGCAAUCUAUCCUUGCAUGAAUAAUACACCUGUCCCUACAUCCUACGAUAGAGUUGCUGAAGGUUUGAACAAUCGUAACUCGUAAUAGAACUCUUGUUCUUUUGACUAAAAUAAUGAAUAUUAAAUACCAAAUAUAGAUUCUUUUACAUGGAACCCCCAUGGUCCAUGCCCCUUGAUAGAGCCCUCCAAGUGGGAAUGACAUUUGGGGGCGCUGUAACAACUAGACGAGCCACGAUGCGCAAAGCAUAGACAACAGGAAACAAGGAGGCCGUUGUCUGUCUACGCACAUACAUACAUCACUCUCCACGGAUUUGUCACAGCUGCUAAUCAAACCCUCGAGUGGCGCAGGAACAGAAAGGAACGACACAACGUUAAUAAGAAGAAACGCUAAAGUUUAGUUCAGGAGGGGUUCGAACCCGCGAUCUCAGAAUUUCAAUGGCGGUCCCCAAAUCAUGUUAACCAGCUUCACUUCUAUCCCGAUAAAAGUAAAUUACUGUAGAUAUUUCAAUUGAUCGAUGUAAGUGGAGUUGCAAACUGAGAAUGCUGUUAUACAUGGUGAACAAAUAGAAAAUCAAAACUCUUUGGUAAACUGGGAAGCAGGUGUUUUGGUUGUGAAUAGUGCUGGUGGAUAUAUGCAACACAGUAUAAUGACAAUGUCUGGUCAUUUUAUAAAAACGAAAAAGCGUCCAUUGGUAGAAUGUUUGACUUGCCCUCUCUGCGACAACCUCCUGAGAGAAGCUACAACAAUAUGCGAGUGCCUUCAUACCUUUUGUAAGGAUUGUAUUUAUCAGAAGCUUGCUGAAGAAGAUACAUAUCAUUGCCCUAUAUGCAAUGUAUAUCUUGGUUGCUUGCCUAAGGAAAAGCUAAGGCCAGAUAAUAACUUGCAAGAUGUCAGAAGCAAAAUAUUCCCUUUGAAAAAGAAAAAGAUGAAAGCAGCUGAGAAUAAUUCCCUUGGUUCCGCACCUGCUAGGAGAAAGGAACGCUCGCUGUCCUCAUUGGUAAUUAAUACUCCUCCUGUGUCAGCACAGGCUGGCUUAUCAAGCCGAACAAAAGCUGUUGCAAGAAAAGCUGGUGCAUCAAGAGGAAUAGGCAAUAAGGUAAACAGUGGAAAGGAUGUAGACGUAGCACUGGAUAAUUCUGAAAGGCUUGACUCGAUAGAACGCCCAAACAAGAUGUUUAUAAAGAAACAGUUCCCUCAGCGUAAUUCAGGCAGCGAUCCAUCGAAUCAAAUUGCUGAUGAUGACAUAAAAAAUAUUACCAGUCCAGAAAGUGGUCGACAAAGAACAGGCAAAGGUACAUCAUGGGAACCAUUAGCAUGUCUUGCAGAGGCAGCAAACAGGACAGAGAUCUCUCAACCACCUUUGCUAGGUUUGCCUGCUAUCAAAACAGAAGAAGCUGAGAAGUAUCGAAGUAUGAAGCACACAAAUGGAAUUAAGAAGAGAGGUUCAGGUCCAGUAAAUGUAGCUAGAAAAAAGGAGUCAGGCAAGGUUCAUCCUGGUACAAACUCAAAGAUAGCUCGGAAAUUGCAUCCUACAGGUCCAGAGAGAAUGUCCAUAUCAAGGAAACAAAGAAAUGUAGCUUUGGAAAAUGAUUCUUCUGUAAAGUAUGAAAGAAGAAGUAAUCCUGUCUGGUUUGCCUUGUUAGCUUCUGAAACUCAAGCUGGAGACAAUGCUCUUCCACAGAUUCCAAAAUGUUAUCUCAAAGUCAAAGAUGGAAAUGUACCAGUUUCAUAUGUGAAGAAAUAUCUUGUAAAGAAGCUUGACUUGAAAAACGAAUCUGAGGUUGAAAUAACAUGCUGUGGCCAACCUAUUGUUCCAAGCCUAUCUUUGUACAGUCUUGUGGAGUUCUGGAUACAGUAUGCUGCUUCAUCAGACCGGCUAUCCUCUUUACAGGAAAUGGAUCAUGAAAGAGCUGAAUCUAGAUUCAAUUCAGAAUCAAGAAGCCCCACUGCAGAGGAGUUUAUGAUGGUGCUAAUUUAUGCAAGAAAGUCCCCACGAGGAUCAUCCUAGCUGGCAGGACAUUUGUUUUGAGGAAAUUUGGUGGAUAUAUGCACAGCAGAUGAGAUGCAAAUAAAGUUUCAAAAUUGUUUCAUUCUUUAGAAUUUGCCUUCUACACUAUACAAGUGUUCACAAAUUUGGGAGCCAUCUGGAAUGAUGGCUAUGGCAUUGUGAAUACAAUCCUGCCGAGAGAUAUCAUUGUGAGGAAACAAUCUUGCUUGGAAUUAAUUUUUCUUCUGAUUUUUGCUUCAGCAGAUGAUAUAAUCACUAAUGAGAUGUAGUGGGGAAGGAGAGGAAUAGUGUACUUGGUAAUAAUGAUAUUCCUUGAAUGAUUUUGGGAACAUAAGCAAUGCUUGAAAGCAUUCUUGUGGUUUCCGCUGAUACAAGUUUUUCUUUUUACUGUGAAUCUCUGCUUUAUGAGUUUUAGUUUUUUAUUGGGUAUAAUCUAACGAGAAAAGAAUGAUCACAGUGUCAUUUGGCA